AUCGAUGUAUUAUAUUAUUUGUAUUAUUCUUGAAUUAAUCCUUUUAUUGUCUUCGAGUUUGGAGACUCAUGACAGAUAAUUUGCAUACUUCACUUAGCGAUAUUCAAUUUUAAUUAAUGACAUUUAUUCAAUAUAAAAUUUGUCUAUUGGUCUCUGAAAGUGUUGAAAUAAUUAGAAUAAGAUGGGUAUAAAGCAGAGCAGAUAUGAAAGUAGUUCUAUUCAAAAUUAUUAUAAAUUAUCAUACGAGGAAUAUUGGUUAAUUAAACAAUUAUGGAAAGAUAUUGAAAAUAAGCCUCAAUAUUAUGGAAAUUUAUUUUUUACAAGUUUUCUUAGAACCCAUCCACAGUAUAUAAAGUAUUAUACCUUGAAUCCACAUGUUCCUCUUGGCGUGGACAUUCGGCUUUGCGCGAAAUUCACACUGAUUAUGGAGGCUAUAGGAUACCUUAUAUUAGAUGUUUACAAAAACCGAAAGCAAUUGGAUCGUUUGGUUGGUUAUGUCGCUAUGAUUCACAAAGAUAUGCGCUUAAAUAAAGAAGAUAUGAGAGUAUGUCAUUAUGAAUUUCGAGACAAGUUUUUUGCAAUACUUGGAACAAACAUUUCCAAUGUAUAUGACUGGAAAAUGUCAAAAAGCAAUGAAAAUGUAUUUCAAUAGUAUUGUAAAUGGAAUUGUAAAUAAGAUGGAGAAGUUUCGUUAUUAUGAUAUGGCCGACGCGGAAAUAAGGCCGAAAUCGGUAAGAUCUGCAAAUAUUUCUUGGAAAUAAGCUUUUGGCUUAACAUCUCUAUAUGCAAAUCAUAUAACCACCUAUCAUUUUAUUUCUAUAUUAUCGCUCAAUUUAAUUGGCAAUCAAUUUACUUCGAUAGUGUAGUCUUUCGGUCGUUGUACGUUGUGUGUCGGCAAUUUGAUAUUCGGUCAGACCAUAACAUACUGGAAAGACAGAAAAAAAGAUUGGGAUAUGCUAUUGAAUAUGUGGAAUAUUGAAAAUUCGACCUUAGAGCAAUGGUUGAUUCCAUCGAAUAACCGGGACAACGCGAUGACAUACACAUCGAUGACCAAAGACAAGACGAUCGAAUUACCUCAAUUGAAAGUAGUACGUGAUGACAAACACGAGAAAGAUUCUAUUAAAUUAGUUACAUCUUCCUCCGUUGAAAAAGUGAGAGUAUCUCUUUUUAAUAGUCGCUUUAUAUAUUAGAAUCGUCCAACCCGUUUCUAAAUUACUAUUCAUGAAAAAUAUCAUCUUUUAUAAUUGUUAAGUUAAACGGUCGAUCAACAAUCAUUUCUU